AUGGAUUCUCUUCCAAUGCAGCAUCUGGUGAUCUUCAUUAUGUUGCUUUUGGCCAUUUGGUGUGAACGAAAUAAUUUGGUUUGGAUAGAAGAUGACUGCAACCUUUUCCAUAUGUCCACCUGGGCUCUCCAGCUUCUAGAAGAUUAUCAGAAGGUUCAUCCCAAGUUAGUUCACAAGGUUAACAGACCCAAGACUAAAUGGUUUUGCCCACCUAGUGGAAGACUCAAGCUCAAUAUAGAUGGGGCGUAUUUGGCCGAUUCUGGUAAGGGUCGUAUUGGUGUGGUAGUUAGGGAUGAAACUGGUGUUUGUGUGGCUGCUUUUGCUCGACAUGUGCCUUAUGCUCUUUCUGCGUUGCAUAUGGAAGUGGAGGCUAUACGUGCCAGUCUGCUUAUUGCCAUUGAUCAAGGUUGGACUGCAAUUGAAGUUGAGAGCGACUGUGUCAUAGCUUUGAAUGCCCUGACUGAUGAGAAAAAUGAUGUGUCAGGCUUUUCAUUUUAUUCUUCUCAGGCAUAUCUUUAG